AUGUCCCCUGAACCACUCAGACUUCCUUCACAACUCGACCUUGAACUCGCUCCACAAACUCCACUAGAAAGUCAGGUAGGUGGUCACGCAGGUGUCAUGUCUGAUUCAUCCGGAUCACUAGUUAUCAAACCCGCUCGAGCACGUGAAGUCGCAUUUUACCAGCUGAUCGCUUCUUCCGGUAGUCAAAACCCUCUAAGCAGAUUGAAACCUUUCGUCCCUGUCUUCUAUGGGACUUUGCGAUAUGAAGGACACAAUCUUUCGCCUGACUUCACAGAUGGAAACAGAGAAGGCAAAGAACAAGUCCCAGAGUCGGUCGUCAUGGAGAAUCUUUCUUUUGAUUACACGCAUCCAACUAUUCUAGACGUCAAACUCGGAAAGGUAUUAUAUGAUGAACGUGCACCUCCGGCUAAACGUGCGAGGAUGGAGAAGACUGCAGAGUCGACUACGAGUGGAGAGACAGGUAUAAGAUUGACUGGUGGUCGUACAUGGCAUCACCCCUCUCAAACAUACAUCCUCACUCCUAAACCAUAUGGUAAAUCCAUAUCCCCCGACCAACUCCCUCAAGGCAUAGCUCGUAUAUUCCCUUUCCCAAAUGACGUCAUAUCCCCCGUCCUCUUUCCUCCUUCCACCGCAUUGACAUCCGCUACAGAUCCCAGCACAUCACCAUCAGAUAAAAUUCAUUCUCCGUCAACCCCUCCCACUCCAAUAUCUGCUGUUGUCCUUUCUUCCUCGCAAUCGGACUCACAACCACCAUCACCGACCUAUACGAAUCACGCAAUCUCAGUGAUGAACAUGUCAAGAGUUCUGGAAAUACUGCUGGGACAUCUCGACGAGCUCAUUUCGGUCUUGGAACGAUUAGAAGCUAGAUUCGUGGGAAUGUCACUUUUGAUAGUUUACGAAUCAGAUCCUGAUCGGUUGGUCACUUCACUGGAUCGAUUUGAAGCCUUGCAAAACAAACUCGCGGCUAAAGCGAUUGCAAAGGAGAGUUUACCCCCUACGCCUAUCUCUCCAAAACAAGGUUGGUUUGACGAUGGAGAUGAAGAUGACGAUGAGGGGGAAUUUGACGACGAGGAUAGUGAUGAUGAGAGUGAUGAAGAUGACGAUGAGGAUGAUGGACGGGUAGCAGAUGAAAAAAGAGCUAAACGUUGUCCUCCCGUUACUAUGCGAUUGAUAGACUUUGUUCAUUCGAGAUUGGCUCCUGGUGAAGGUCCAGAUGAAGGUGUUUUGUUCGGUUUGUCUACAUUUAGGACAUUACUUGAGGAACGUUUGGAAAAGGCUAGAGGUAUGAUAGACGAGAUAUCCAAGCAUUCAUGA